AGUAAGUUUCUAGCGGUGCACGAAAGCGGUUGUGUUGAUUUGUUCGCCGACUUUAUUUUAACACUCUCGCGUUACACCACAUCAUCAAUUUCUUGGUGGUGCUUACAAGUACACACAGCAAAAGACAGUGAAUAUGUUUAAUGUUUAUCGAUGGAUUAAAUCUUUUGAGCGGUUACUUGACGAGUUCAUUAAAUUAUUGAGACUACUUUAAAAUUGCAAUCGGAAUUUUCGAGUGUUUGAAAAUUGAACAUUGAAAUUUACACGAGAGAGAAAAAGAAAUAAAAUAGAAUUUUUUUUUGUUUUUUAAUCAGAAUUUUCGAGAUAAAAUUUUAAAAAAUGUUUGAAGUGUCCAAAUAAAUCAAACAUUCUACCUCGGUACGGGGUGACAUUAAAAUUUAGUGGGUGCAACAGAAUGAUUUCCACAAACGAUCAGUUCCAAUGCAUUUCGGUGUGAUGGUUCAACAUUUUAAUUUUAACAAAAUCCAAACCAAUUUUCUUCCUGCAACAAGAGAAAAUUAAAUUGAAAACAAAUUUUCAAAACGAAAUACACCAUAAUUUCUAGAUUUAUUGCUUAUUAAAUUUAUAGCAAAAACAUGCAGCCAAUUAUAGCGAUCAAACUAUUUUUUGUAAUCCUUUAUGCAAAAGACUCAGCAGCCAGUUGGGAGGAGUGGUGGACGUACGAUGGCAUUUCAGGUCCCGCAUUUUGGGGUUUGAUCAAUCCACAAUGGAACAUGUGCACAAAGGGUCGCCGACAAUCGCCGAUUGAUAUUGAACCAGACAAACUGUUAUUUGAUCCAUACCUUCGGCCGCUGCACAUCGACAAACACAAGGUUUCGGGUGUACUACAAAAUACCGGUCAAUCGCUCGUGUUUCGCAUUGAUAAAGAUACAAAACAGCAUGUUAACAUAUCCGGUGGCCCAUUAGCUUAUCGAUAUCAAUUUGAAGAAAUUUACAUUCACUAUGGCAUCGAGAACAGCCAAGGAUCCGAACACAAAAUACACGGCUAUCACUUUCCAGGCGAGAUACAACUGUACGGCUUCAAUAAGGAAUUAUACCAUAAUAUGUCGGAAGCACAGCACAAAAGUCAAGGCAUUGUCGGUAUAUCGGUGAUGGUGCAAAUAGGCGAAACACCAAAUGCAGAACUUAGAAUAAUCACUAGUACAUUUAAUAAGGUUUUAUAUAGAGGUUCUUCCACGCCGAUUCGACACAUCUCGUUGCGCUCAUUGAUUCCAAACACCGAUGCAUACAUGACGUAUGAAGGAUCUACUACGCAUCCCGGCUGCUGGGAGAGCACUGUUUGGAUUAUUCUGAACAAACCGAUUUAUAUAACAAAACAAGAAUUAUAUGCGUUACGAAGGCUGAUGCAAGGGUCAGAGCAGACUCCAAAGGCGCCACUCGGUAAUAAUGCACGACCGGUUCAAAACCUCCACCAUCGCACAGUGCGAACAAACAUCGAUUUCAAGCAAUCAAAGACACAAAACUGCCCCACAAUGUACAAAGAUAUGUUCUACAAGGCGAACAAAUGGACAGUGGAUACGCCGAUGACGAUGCGAACCGGUCGCGAUCGAAAUAUGGCCGAUAUAGAUGCCGUUUUUUCAUCCGUUUACAAAACCUAAGCUCAGCAACAGCGACAGUCUUAUCGACAAAAUCGACGCAAAAUUAUGAUGAAAUUUCUCUAGAGACUUUUAACAAAACAAUAGGAUAACAUUUAAAUGAAUUUCAUGCAAUGAAACGAGUUUGACGUCAAAAUAAAACAGAAUGAGAUAUUUAGAAAGCCUAAAAUUCAACCAAAGGUUAAGCUAAAGAAACAUGUAAAACUUUCUUUGAAAUUUUAAAAAUAAAUGACUAAAACAUCGACCAAAAA